GAACCUCGUCUUUCCUGAACAACCUAGCCAGGAAGAGAGAUGCAGUUGUUAACUUCUCAGGAGCAGAGUUGUUUCAAUUGCAGCGCCGGACAUUCCUCCUCCCUCCGGCCAUUGCUUGGACCCGUGCGGUGGCUGGUGAAGGCUCUGCUGGGAAUGGGGAAUUAUGAACUGACCCUGUGACCAUCAAUUCAACGGAAAGCAAGGCUUUGUCAUGCCAGGUAAAGGCAAAAAGGGAAAAGGCCGGGGGAAGGGCCGGGGUGGGAAGAAAGCAAAAAAGCCUGAAGUGGACAUCCUUCAUCCCGCUGCCAUGCUGAACCUGUAUUACAUCGCUCACAAUGUUGCCGACUGCCUACAAUUACGUGGCUUCCGCUGGCCUGGUGUUGGCAAGAAAAAGAAAGGAAGGAAGGCAUAAUGAUGGAUGGAUGGAUGCCUAUAUAGCAUAUCAUCAUAACCACGACUUGUAACUAUAAACCGAAGAGUGCAGAGAAAGGAAUACAACCAAAACAGGCAGAGAAGCAGAUUAGACCUUACUGAAAACACCUUGAACUGGAAAAUGACUGGAGCUCUCAGAGUUAAGGAUAAAGGAAUGGAAUUAUCGCUUAACACUUGCGCCCAAAUGAAACAUUUUUAAUUUUUUUUUUAGGAACUAAGGCAAAAUAUGUGUCUGAGUAGUUCUAAAACCGGGUGGUUGAUUUCAGAGUACUGUUUGGUUCUAAUCACCCUUUGUUACGUGUCAGAAUUAAACUUUGCUUGGUCAAUCUAGUUCUCUCUUGCACUCAUUUUCUGGUGAUAACAGUAAAUGGGACCCUCCCCAUCCCCGAUGAGAGAGGGGCAGGUAAUUGUUCAUAUGAAGAUGGGGCAUGCUGUGCCACAGUCCUGCCCAUCUCUGCCUGCUCACCACCACCAUUUGGAGGGGAAAAUAAUCAAGGAAAUGAUUUUGUCUGUAUAACGUGCCCCUCCCCUCCCCCUUACCGUUUUCCUGAUUUGAAAUAACCAUGACUGCCUGCAGAGACUCCUCUGAGGCUUUAAUAACAUCAGCAAAAUGUGCUUUGUGCUAGCCAGAGCAUAUGAAAGGAUAAAAGAACUGCAAGGCACUUGUCAGUCAUUUGAGUGAAUAAAGAAAAGAGCCAGCAUUGGGUCAGGAGAAAGAGCUCAGUAUCUGGUUUCAGAAGACCCAGCUUUGAAUGCCCACUGCCACCUACCACCCAGGGAUUUUUGUACAAGCCACUUCACCUCUGUGGGCCUCAGUUUCCUCAUUUGUAUAAUGUGGAGAUUGGACUAGAUCGGAGGUGUCAAACCCCCAAAAUGUGGCCUAGACUAGAUUAAAAUGUAAUUGGGAAAUAUUUACCAAUAAAAAAAUUUAAAACAACAAUAAAAAUUGAUCAUGUUAAUUUGCGAUUUUCUAACUCAUUGUGGGACUCGUGGGGAUUCAUUUCUAUUGGAGUUUGACACCACUGGACUAGAUGACCUCUAUUAUCCUGUAUAUAGCUUGUUUGUGCAUAUUAGUUUGCUUGUUGUCUCUUCCUUUAGAUUGUGAGCUCUUUGAGG